AUGCCACCAGCUGCUUAUUUAGAAGAUGGUAGAUUAAUAUUUGGAUUUUUUAGUCCUUGGGCCUUGGGCUUGUGCAUAUCAUUCAGUAUUGGUCUGAUUUUCACUACGAUAGUAGCAUGCUGGACAGACUUUGGAAACCGAUCAACGUACGGAGAUUUGGCUGCUCAACAAGAUUAUCAUAAAAAAAAUUCUACAGCAAGUGCCAUAACUCAAAAAAUGAAACCUGUAGAUGAGCAAGUUUCGUUCAAAGAAGUGAAGAAGACCGAAACAACAUCCAGCUCAGUUGCUUCGACAAAAGAAGUGAAGAAGACUGAUACGACGUCAAAUUCAGAAACUUCGAAUGAGGAAUCAACAAGCCUGGCUGUAGAGUCAACUCAAUCUUUUCUCGAUACAGAAGAUACCCAAAUACACGAGUCUUCUUCACAUCUUGAUGCUUCUGAAAAACAUGCUCGAAUCAUACAAGCGAUUUAUCAAGUAUCCAGACGAGACAAGAACGGUUAA